AUGGAAAAAACAACCAAAACAACAACAACUAAAACAACUACAGGCAGAGUGGGUACAACUGAAAGAGAUCUUGGUGACACUACUAGAUCUUUUGGUGAAAAAAUCAAAGAAGUUGCCACUGAUUUAAAGAAUACCUUUGUAGAAAGUUUACCAAAUAAAAGCUCCUUUGACAGAGAUCCAACCAGAGCAGAUAGUGAAUCAAAAGAUCACUACAAACACGAGAAGAAAACAGAAGUAAUUGACCCAGUAACUGGAGUUAAAACAGAACAUUUUGAAAAGACUGAAAAAGUAACAAAAUAA